UGCCUCUUAGCUUCAACCGCCGGAAACACUAAACAACCUUCUUGGAAAAAAGAGAAAUUAAAAAUGAACUACCCUUCAAACCCUAACCCUAGUUCCACAGAUUUCACUGAAUUUUUCAAGUUCGAUGAUUUUGACGAUACUUUUCAAAUGAUCAUGGAAGAAAUCGGCCGUGACGACCACCAAUCUUCGUCGCCGACUUUGAGUUGGACUUCAUCGGAAAAGUUGGUGGCCGCAGAAAUCACAAGCCCGCUUCAAAUAAACCAAGCUACCUCACCUAUGAGCCUUGACAUAGGUGACAAAGAUGAGAUCAAAAAGAGGAAGAGACACAAAGACGAUCCGAUACUUCACGUGUUCAAAACGAAAUCAAUUGAUGAAAAAGUUGCUUUAGAUGAUGGAUAUAAAUGGAGGAAAUACGGCAAGAAGCCGAUAAGGGGUAGUCCAUUUCCAAGGCAUUAUCACAAGUGUUCGAACCCAGAUUGCAACGUGAAGAAGAAGAUCGAGAGAGAUACGAACAAUCCAGAUUAUGUAUUGACAACAUACGAAGGGAGACAUAACCACCCAAGCCCUUCUGUGGUUUAUUGUGAUUCAGACGACUUUGAUCUUACCUCUCUCAACAAUUGGUCCUUUAAGACGACAAAUACGUAUAGUUUCUCUCAUUCCGCUCCAUACUGAUCAUUUGUUACAAACUUGUGUAUAUAGAUGUAUAUAGAUGUAUAUAGUGUAUAUGAUCACCAUCAUAAUCACGCAUCACAUGUAACCACAUAUACCUUGUUGGGUCGGUUUUGUAAUGUAUUGAAGUGGUGGAGGGUGUAAUGGAAGUUGAUCAUCUUGUAUGUAAAGGUACUAAGGUAUGAUAGUAAUUUU